AUGGUGUGCGGAAGUAGUGGCGAGAUAAUCCCAUAUCUCUUGGUGCAAACCCAUCUGGGCGAUAGUAAAGUUUCGCAAGAUGGAAUCAUGGGCAAUGUUUCCGCGCUUCUCGAAGUCCUCUGGGAAUUUUCCUGCCAAUCAGGACUUCUUUGGUAUGUUAAGGCCGUUGCGGGGAGCCUCGUAUAUGGCCUUUCUGAUCGCAAGUACCUUCAAGGGGAGGAACCGAUUGUUGUUGCGAAAUUGAUCAGCGCCCUCAACCUGGCCGUCUUUGUCAAUGGGGACCUUAACGACGACACCUUCUCCGAGGUCGACCUCAGUAGUUUCUCCAGAUCCAUUGAAGGUGACGUUUUUGGGUUUGGCGACUCUGGAGAGAUCCAGCUCUCCAUCAGGAUCGAGCAGACCAUCGUCCACUGCAGUGGCCUUAUCUGCUUGCUGUUUGAGCUCGGCGUUGCGCUUGGCCCAGUGAGUUACGGCCUCGGCAUGAAGUUUCUCCCAUCUGCGAAUCCAGAACUGAGUGUAAUGCGUAGUGAGGUCCCAAGAUUCGAAGAUGCUCUGCAGGAUUCCCUGCUCGCUUCCCUCAUAGCCAUCAGGUCUCAUGGAUGCUGCAUCGAGCCGGGCAGUCGCGUAGAAAUCGGCCGAGUGCAGAUUUUCGACGAAGGCGAUGUACUGCGACCUAUUCUUCUUUAA